AUAAGUUAUAAAAUAGUGUGUGGUGCCCCUCAGAGUCCAAACUGGAGAAGCUAAGAGAAGAUAGCGGAGACCCAAGAUAGUGUUUUCAUCUUCGGCAAUGGAAGUUGUGGGAUAUGGCCAUUCUUCUAAUUCUCUCAGACCCUCACACCCACUUUCUCUCUUCAACUUCAGACCAACCUUCAGCUCGGCUACUUUUAUUUCCUUCAAGAACCAGCCCAUUAAGUGUUUGCAAGUGAGAGCAGUAGCUUCUCCUGCUGGAUUUGAUGAAAUGGUUUCUGGGACCGAGCGUAAGUAUUACAUGCUAGGUGGUAAAGGAGGAGUUGGGAAGACAAGUUGUGCUGCUUCACUUGCUGUAAAAUUUGCAAAUAAUGGUCAUCCCACUUUAGUAGUUUCAACUGAUCCUGCACAUUCCUUAAGUGAUUCUUUUGCCCAGGAUUUGGCUGGCGGGACUCUAGUUCCAGUUGAAGGCCCGUAUUCUCCAUUAUUUGCCCUUGAGUUGAAUCCUGAAAAGGCCAAGGAAGAAUUUCGAAGUGCAACCCAGAUAAGUGGAGGAUCUGGUAUCAAAGACUUUAUGGACGGUAUGGGCCUUGGAGUGCUUGCUGAACAGCUUGGGGAACUAAAGCUUGGAGAACUGCUGGAUACACCCCCUCCUGGUCUAGAUGAAGCCAUUGCAAUUUCAAAGGUUAUGCAAUUCCUUGAUUCGCAGGAAUAUAAUAUGUUUACUCGUAUAGUGUUUGACACAGCCCCGACGGGACAUACUCUACGGCUCUUGUCCUUGCCAGACUUCUUGGAUAAAUCAAUUGGAAAGAUUUUGAAGUUGAGACAGAAGAUAGCUUCUGCCACUUCAGCAAUAAAGUCUGUCUUUGGCCAGGAAGGAUCGCCCAAGCCAGAUGCUGCAGAUAAAUUGGAGCGGUUAAGGGAGAGGAUGAUAAAAGUAAGAGAGCUUUUUCGUGACACAACCUCAACAGAAUUUAUCAUAGUAACAAUCCCCACGGUUAUGGCAAUUAGCGAAUCGUCCAGGUUGUGUGCUUCCUUAAAGAUGGAAGAUGUUCCUGUCAAGAGGCUUAUUGCUAAUCAGAUCCUCCCGCCAUCAGCCUCAGAUUGCAAGUUCUGCGCAAUGAAAAGAAAGGACCAAAGUCGUGCUCUGGAUAUGAUCCAGAAUGACCCAGAGCUCUCUAGCCUGAUGUUGGUCCAGGCACCCCUUGUUGAUGUAGAGAUCAGAGGUGUUCCAGCUCUUCAGUUUUUAGGGGACAUUGUCUGGAAAUAAAGAAAAAGAACAUGACACUGCAUCAGCUAAUCAGAUACAUUCUUGUAAGUUGUAUUGACUAUCCAUUUCG